CCUCCUCCAUUGCCAUUACUACCAUUACCACUGCCACCACUACCAUCGUUACUAUACUACUACCUUGCUAACAUAGUGAUUACAACUACCAUCUCAUCACCAUCGCCACUACUACCGUCCUUUUCCUACUCCUGCAUCACAACCAGCAGCCACUUUUUUCUCCACGCCGAUAUAAUACCACACCACGCAACCGUCCUUUAAUAGUGAAUAACACUUGGGCACCGGUGCUCCUUCUCCUCAUCAUCUUCUUCUUCGUAGCAUAUAUAUAUAUAUGCACGUACACGUGCAUACGGGAUUUUAAAUGUGCAAGAGACUGUGGUAGUGCGUGUGUCGGUGCGGUGGUGCGUGCGUGCGUUGAAAAAAGUGUGCAUGAGUGCGUGACUCGAGGCGAGAGACGAAAAAAAAGAAGGAUAGAAGAGGAGCGAGGGAGAAAGGAAGAAAGAGAGAGACAGUGAGAGUUUUGGGAGAGCCCACGGGCCAGUCCUCCAAAUGUGGCAUUUAAGUGCAACCACGAACGAACGCGCGGACCUCGUAGUGAACGCGAGAUUCGGUUGAGAUUUUUGCGAGGGGGUUGGUGUGCGCGAUCUCAUUCCAUUGUCUUGUGUGGUGACAAAAAAUUUUGCCGACGUAAACACUGGCCUUUUCUUUCUUUAAAUAUAUAUUUUACCUUUUUUUUCCCUUCCUUUCGUUUCGCGUUCACGUACCCCUCGUGGGCUUUGGUUACACGCGUUUAUACGCUCAAGAGAAGUAGUGUAUUUGGCCGUGAGGGGGGAGAAUUCAAGAGAACGAAGACGAAAUAAACAGGACACACUGGACGUCAUGGGGAUGACGGGUGACCCACGUAACAUUUGCAAAAUUUGAGUUUCGCCGGUUGCGACUCUGUCUGUUGCAUUGUCGCAUAUAUACAUUUCCCUCUAUAUCUCCCUCUCUCCCUCGUCCUCCUCCUUCUUACCGACGUUCCUCCUUCGCCGUCAUCCCCCUCAAUACUUCACAAAAUUGGAUAUAUUUUGGAUAUCUCUUUGAAAAAAGAAAAAUUUCGAACCACUCGACCAAGUGAGUCGUCACGAGAAAUUGUUUUCACAACGACCGUAAACACCUAUGUGUAACCGAUACGCGCACAUGCGUUAAAUCCAUACCCUGGUUCGCCUAAGGACGGACGUACGGCCACAUCGCGGGGAAACAUUGCCGCGAGCCAACGGCAGCCAUUUAAAUUUUUACAUUCCUCUCGGACUCCCGGAAAACACGAAACGAAAUUGUGAUGGGGACUGCAUCUCAACAAUACUGCCUCCGCUGGAACAAUCAUCGUUCAAAUCUGCUCACCGUCUUCGAUGAGCUUCUGCAGAACGAAGCGUUCACGGACGUGACCCUGGCCGUGGACGGUGGUGCGUCUGUAAAAUGCCACAAAAUGGUGCUAGCCGCCUGCUCCAGUUACUUCCAGACGCUCUUCAUCGACCUACCCUGCAAGCAUCCAAUAGUCGUCCUGAAGGACGUGAAGUAUGCAGAGAUCAAGGCAAUCCUGGAGUACAUGUACCGGGGCGAGGUGAACGUGGCGCAGGAGCAGCUUGGUGGUCUUCUGAAGGUAGCCGAGGUGCUGAAGGUGAAGGGUCUCGUGGAGGAGAAUGGCUCUCAAGGUCGUCGGGACGAGGGUGAGACGUCGUCGCCACCUCCAGCCAUCUCCACGAGUACCACGAGUAGCGCAGCCCACAGUUCCGGACACAUCUCACCGCCACACUCGACGGGAACGCCGUACAGUUUGUAUGGGAAGUCUCCGGUGGACCGAGCCCAGGGUAGGCUCUCGUUACCCAUGUGGGCCUUGUCAGGAAUGCCCCUGCCCCAGCAUCCUGCAUCUGGUCAUCAGCCUCCGCAUCACGCCCAGCACUCGGCCAUGCUCGGUGGAUCCUAUGACAAUGGCUCUGAUACCUCACCACUAAAGAGGAAGAAGCUCUCGAAUUUACUAAUGAAUCGAGACACUCCUAUCCUGAGAACUGUUCUUGGACAAGGUCAUGCCGACAGUUCUCAGGGUAUUCCUCUUCUGCAUCCGGACAGCCACGAGACGCACUUUAGGUCUCACAGCAAUGGGUCGGCUAACGAGGUGGAUCGUAGGAACUCGACUGAGUUAUCUCAUGGGGAAGCCGCCGUUCACAGUCCUUACACUGACAUCUCAAUGAUGGACGAGGACGAGAAGCAACCAUCACCACAGUCCUAUGCAGGAGACACCAAGUCCGGUAUAGUAAACUACGUACCGACGCAGAAGCCAGAGUGGAAGCGUUACAAGCAGUACACCAGGAACGACAUAAUGUCUGCAAUAGAAGCUGUCAGGUCGGGAAUGAGUGCUUUACAAGCAGCACGGAAGUACGGAGUGCCCUCGCGUACUCUGUACGAUAAGGUUAAGAAAUUGGGCAUUACGACGUCCAGGCCGUUCAAGAGAAGCUCGAAUGGCAGUGGUGCGUGUUUCCCUUAUGGCAUCGGUGGAAAUGCCAAUGGGGGAAUCUAUGGAGGUCUUUCCGAGUCGGAGAACGAGAAUAGUAGCGCAUUGAUCGAGCCAGCGGCCGUUCUGGAAACGAGUUUUGGCAAGGAACGUGAUCCGAUCGACAUGGCGCGAUGCAGUCCCAGUCCGGCUGUACUUUCAGUAUCGAAACAGCCCCAGGUUGAAGAUCAAGUGGAAGACCUCUCCGUCGGCAGGAAGCCUGAAUUGCGCGUGAUCGUACCACCGGUGUCUUCCAUAAUCAAGGAGGAAGAACCGGAUGCGCCUGACAACUCUGGACGCAACUGAUUCACAAAUUCGGAUGCGAGCACGCAACACCACCGACAUAAGACUGAUUCUGCGUCGUAAACUUCGAGACUGAUUACGAUUCGUGCGGCCUGGCCAUCUCUGGCAGAGGAGCCUCUCAGAGCACUGGAUUUAGCUGGGCAUCUAAAGUAACACUUAACCUAUACCGCAUUGUGAUCCAACGUUUUAGCUUGCUACUCGCGAUUUUUAUUUAUACAUUCCUUGGAGUGGAAUUGCCAGUUGGCUACUGGAGUGCAGUUGCGUGACGUUCGAUGAUUUCAAUUUUAAUGGUACGCAGAGCGACGUCGAUUCUCUACAUCUGACCUCUUGGAGCAACGAGGGUAAACGGGAAACAAAUUCAGGUUUUCAGGUUGCGUCGAUAAAAAGAAAAGACACUGAGAGAGGUCAUCGAACGUCAUGUAACUACUGUAGCAUGUGAUGCGGAUGAGAAUUGCGACUGUGAGGAAGUUCCAAUCCAAGGAGAUGCGUAAUGGGGAAAAAAAAAAAAUGAAAAAUCGCGCAGUGCUCAAGUGAGCAAGGGGAACCGCGUUAACGUUACGGGAUAUCCUUGGAGAGCCCGCAAAGAGUAUAAAAGAAAAAGAGAGAGAGAGAGCGUAACGAGAGUCGCAAAGUCUUUCAAAGAUUUUGCGCGUAUAAAGAUGAAAAUGAUUAUAAAGAAAACCCCGUAGAUACGACCUGAUAAAAAUGACGGACUUUCCAAGGAAUACUCCGUGGAUCGUUUAUACGGUGUCUUUGUUUAUUAUUAUUAUUAUUAUUAUUAUUAUUAUUAUUAUUAUUAUUAUAUUAUAUUAUAUUUUUUCUCUAAAUUACGUUUCGUCGGCCAUUCAUUAAGCGAGAACGAAUUUCGCGAUGUAGAUUUAUAUUGUUUAAACAAUAGUCCGCACAGCCCCUGAACCGCGCACUGCUCGCUCCCCUCUCCCCCUUUUUUCAUUAAUUCUCCUUUGACUACGCAUUCUUUAUUUCUUCGGUAUUGGCGAGAGGCACACAAGGGCUGAUGAGAAAGAUCGAAAGAUAAGGGAGAUCAAGGACGAAGGAAAGGGAGAAAUAAAACUAAAGAGAAAUCCCGCGAUGCAUUAAAUGCCGCGACGAUGCAAGAAAGAAAGACAGAGAGAGAGAGAGAAGAAAUUACACGAAGUUUCAACAGGGGAGGAUACGCGUUCGAAAGAUAUAAAUAAAAAGAAAAAGAGUAAGAAGCAUAUAAGGGGUUUGAAAAAAAAAAAUCAAGAGCGAUUCUUUACGUUGACUGAGAUAAACUGUUGAUUCGUUAUACGAGAGAAACUUAAGCUUAGCAUUAAUAUAAGGGAUAUAUCCGAAAGCCCCUUCUCCCCCCGACCAGGACAUACCUUCAAUCCCCUUUCUCUAAUAAUAACGUACACGCGUAGAUAAAUAUAAAUAUUAUAUAUUGUAAAGGUACACUCGAGAGUGAUAAGGAGGGAGAAGCCGAUAGGAUGGAUACGUGAGACAAAGAGAAAGAAAGAAGAAAAAAAAAAGAAAACUUAUAAUCAAGCAGCAUGGCCCUGGGAUGCAGAUGCAAUAUUGCUCAAGCGAAAACAAAAGAGAGGAGGAAUGAAAUAUCGUAAUCGAAACAUAUCGCGUGGACGGCAGGAUAUAACGUGGGCGGGGACGAAGAGGGAAAGAAAGGAAAAAAGGAAACCGAAGGAAAAAAUACCGGAAAAAGCGUGAAACGGAAGAAUGCGAGAUAUUCGAAAUAAUUGCACCGAAUGAUUGGUUUUUUUCGAUGAUUAAUCGAACGGCAUGUAGUAGAGUUUUAAACUUAUUGUAUCUAUAUUGUUUAGCGUCGGACAUUUAUUAACUUUAAGUAACUCGAGUGUGAAUGGGAUUAUGUGAAAGAGAAGAAGAAAAAAAUCUACCUCAAAUGACGUACAACGAACGCGAAACGUUCGCGUGAACCCGUAAGACUGAUAUACAAAAAAAAAAAGAAACUAAUAACGGAUUGAUGGGACGAAGUUAAACGAUGUCGAUGGGAAACUGUGAACGAGCAAGAAAUUGAAAAAACAGGAAUAACAGAAAGAGAGAGAGAGAGAAGCCGUAACAUAUACGUCACGACUACUGUCAAUACCAUAGAUGAGAGAAAGAGAAUAAGGGAAUGAGAAAGAAUGGAAAGUAUAGAAAGUAUAGAAAAAGAAAAAAAUUAAUUAGGCAAGCGACAAUCCUCUAAGCACGCUGCUAAAUAAUACUAUAUACAUAUAUAUAGAUAUUUAUAUAUAUAUAUACAAGAUAUAUAUAUAAAUAUUUAUCUACCUCGAUAUAAAUAUAUAUAUAUAUACACACAUAAGUUAUAAAUAUAUCGUAAACGAACUAUUCGGACCUUUAUUAGGAUUAUAUAUUAUUAAUAUUAUUAUAUACCUUAUAUAUAUAUAUAUAUAUAUAAUUAUAUAUAUUGGUGUUUAUAUAUAUUUAUAUAUAUAUAUUUUAACGUCACGUCAGUUGCCUUAUCGCGCAGCCGUCCAACGGCUUUGUCUCGAAAAACAAAAGGAACCGUACUCUUUUUAAAAAAAGAAAGAACAAAAAAACGUUUCUUUUUUUUUAACGUAACGCCAAGAUAUUAGAUGACUUCGCGAAAACCGCCAUACUCGGCUAAUGAUUUUCUUGGUGCUUUUUUUUUUCUUUCUUUAUAAACUCCAAGGGAAGUUACAGUUACAUUGUCGUUCUGAAUGACGCUCUGGGACCGCGUUAUUUUGUAUUACGUAUUAUAGCGAGAGUGACGUAAUACCGGUUUGCGAUACGAAAAAAGAAAGAAGAUGAAAUAAGGAUACAAACAUAACACAAGUACAAGAACAACGACUACCUCGAACGCCGUAAAUCGUUCAUUCCAUAGUUAGUUACCAUAAGAAUGUAAUACAGCGAAAGAAUGUUUUGCUCUGUUUGAAGAAUUAUUUUUUUUUUUUAGUUUGUUUGAUAUCUUGAAUUAUUCGCGACGAUUCGUCGUCGCGUCUCGUUGAUCAACUGAUUUUAUUGUACGAACAAUUAAUUAUUUUAACAAUUUAUUUUUGUCUCUUCGUCUGUUCACGACGUUCUGAUUUUUUAUGCAGUUUCUGUCGCCUUUUACAUUGUCCUUCUCUUCGUCGUAUUUAUACAAAUUUUGUAUUUGUUGCUUGUUGAUUUUUUUCUAUUGUUGUUGCUCCGCUUCCUUCUUUUGAGGAUCCACUAUUGUUCGCAAGCAGAGCAAUUCGUUCUUCCUCGAAUCACAGACAGUACCUGCACAUUCGCAAUAGUACCAAAACUCUAUUGUAGUAGGAAUUUUUAAACAGCACUGAAUUAUAUAGACAGGAAUAUAUUAUUAUAUAUUAUAUCAACAUAUUAUAUUAUUGUAUGGGAGUCGGAAGUUUGACCGUAGAGAAGUCAUCUUUAAUGUAAAACCAUGAUCUGGUAGUCGAAGUCCCUAUAAAGAAUUUUUAUCUACGAUCCUGUAAAAUGCCGGAACUUAUUGUACAUUGUCGAUAAUUAAGCGACGAUUGCUUUGUUGUGCGAUCAUUAAACAAUUGUUGUUGUACGGUGAAAUUCGCAGCGGGCUUCGGCGUACCGGAGAUUGCUUAAGGUAUAACUUCUAUUUGUGUUCAGAACUCUCGUUCUUUUCUUUUAAAGCUAUUUUCUCUUCACGUUUUUCUUUUUCUUUUAUUUUGUUUUCAAUGGCCACGCGAGCUCGGAUGUAAAACGUUAUUAAAAUGGAAAAUAGAAAGGCGACGAGCUUUAAUUUUAAUAUCAGGGAUGUAACGAAUUUGUCUUCUUUCACUAAUAGUUUUUCUUAUUUUUAACUCUCCAUUUUGUACGUCUUCAGAAACUCCGAUGUCUCUUUUAUUAUUAUUAUCAUUAUUAUUAUUAGUGUCAUUAUUAUUUGUCUCGUCUUCUUAUUUUCUCGCGGUAUUUCUUUUUUUCUUUUCUAUUAUUUUUUUCCUUUAUUUUUUAUUUUUUUUUUUUACUUAACUUACCGUUGAAACUGCCGAAGGAUAAUGUACCGUCGAGUAGAGAAAACGUUUGUACAUAAUUCUAAGUGAAAGAACCCUCAAACGCUGCCUUAAACACAACCGCUGCUGUUGUAUUAUUUGUAAGACUGAUUUUUUUGACUAUGUUAGAUAUUACUGUGAAGAUUAUAUAUAUAUAUUAGUAUAUAAUAUACAGAAGAAGUGUUUCGCCCACGCACGGGGUUAUUAAUUUCGAUCGGAUAUAUUGCGACCUCGUCGAUGCGUGUUAUCAAUUAUUGUGCAAGUUUGUUAUGAAAUAUAUUAUCGAUAGAA